UCUGCCCACCAGAGACCACACCAGUUCGUCGCGGCGGAGACGAGACGACCAGUCGGCACGCGGCGGCGACGACGAGCAGCGUCACCUCAGAUCCGGCGAGAUGGCGGCGAAGGCGAUCUCGAGCCCCGUGCCGGUGGAAUGGUACCCGACGCUGGCCGUCGUCAUGGUUUCCGUCGGCCUCAUGCUCACUGCCUCCUUCUUCAUUUAUGAAGCCACGACUUCAAGGCGGAACCGUAGUUUAGCAAAGGAGAUAGUCACAGCAUCUGUUGCUUCUGUCUUUCUGGGCUUUGGAUCUCUGUUCGUGCUCCUUGCAAGCGGUGUUUAUGUCUGAUGAUCGGCUCCCCAGCCGUAGUUGUAGCUAGGAUAUGUCACAUGUCUGAAACUGUGUAACUUCCAGGAGAAUAUGCAGUCCGAUAUGGACAUGUUUUAGACGAGGGACGUCAAAAUUUACCAAAUGUUGUCAAACCUGUUCUGGAAUGCCUAUCAUACUGCUCGUUCGCA